ACAUUAGAGAGAGAGAGAGAGAGAGAGAGACGUAGUUCUCAGGCUCAGAGGCAGUGCCGGAGUCUAUCACCAGGCUGUGAGUCUGCCUGAGGAGUCCUUCCUCACCCCGUGCCCGACCAGCUGUGUGGAGGCCGUACCGCCGGCCGUUGCUAGGGGCAACCUCCUCCAUAGACGGGAACCGUUUGUUUAUCACGGCUGGAUUAUCGCCUGGGCGAAGGACACGCAGACACACAACCUGCAGCCUCCAUCAUACCUCCACCAUCAGACCUCCACCAUCAGCCCUCCACCAUGGGGUCUGUGAAAGACCUGUGCGUGUCUAGCUUCCAGACGUUCUUGUGUCCAGCGGUGGAGGAGAUCCAGGAGGUCCAAGUGCCUGAUGACCUCUCUCCAGAGGAGCACCAGGAGCUGGAGAACAUCCGCCGGCGCAAGCAGGAGCUGCUGGAUGAUAUCCAGCGGCUGAAGAAUGAGAUAGCAGAGGUGACCAGCGAGAUAGAGAACCUUGGUUCCACAGAGGAGAAGAAAAACAUGCAGAGGAACAAGCAGGUGGCGAUGGGGCGCAAAAAGUUCAACAUGGACCCCAAGAAGGGGAUCCAGUUCCUGAAAGAGAACGACCUGCUGAAGAACACCAGCGAUGACAUCGCCCAGUUCCUCUAUAAGGGGGAGGGGCUUAACAAGACGGCCAUCGGAGACUACCUGGGGGAGAGAGACGACCUGAACCUGCAGGUCCUCCAUGACUUCGUGGAGCUCCAUGAGUUCACCGACCUCAACCUGGUGCAGGCCCUGAGACAGUUCCUGUGGAGCUUCCGUCUCCCGGGCGAGGCCCAGAAGAUCGACAGGAUGAUGGAGGCCUUCGCAGCGCGCUACUGUCAGUGCAACCCCGGGGUCUUCCAGUCCACAGACACCUGCUACAUCCUGUCGUUCGCCAUCAUCAUGCUGAACACCAGCCUCCACAACCCCAACGUGAAGGACAAGCCGGCCGUGGAGCGCUUCAUCUCCAUGAACCGGGGCAUCAACGACGGGGGGGACCUCCCCGAAGAGCUGCUCAGGAACCUGUACGACAGCAUCAAGAACGAGCCGUUCAAGAUCCCCGAGGACGACGGCAACGACCUGACACACACCUUCUUCAACCCCGACCGCGAGGGCUGGCUGCUGAAACUGGGGGGUCGUGUAAAGACCUGGAAGAGGAGGUGGUUCAUCCUCACCGACAACUGUCUGUACUACUUUGAGUACACUACGGACAAGGAGCCCCGGGGCAUCAUACCGCUGGAGAACCUGAGCAUCAGGGAGGUGGAGGACAAGAAGCCUAACUGCUUCGAGCUCUACAUCCCCGACAACAAGGACCAGGUGAUCAAGGCCUGCAAGACGGAGGCUGACGGACGCGUCGUCGAGGGCAACCACACCUUCUACCGCAUCUCGGCCCCCACCUCAGAGGAGAUGGACGUGUGGAUGAACAGCAUCAAAGCGGCUAUCAGCAGGGACCCCUUCUACGAGAUGCUGGCCGCCCGGAAGAAGAAGGUCUCCUCCAUGAAGAGGCACUAGGGCAGGCGGCUCUCCGGGGCCCCUGGAGGGCCCUUCACAGACUAUAGGGGCCCCCCCCUGGGAGGGGGAGGCAGCGGGCCCCGCACUCCUCAUGGGGGCGACCCCCCCCCCCCCCCCCCCCCCCCCGUGGACGUAAUAAUAAUAAGAGUCUCGGGGGCCUCUCAGGGGCCCCAGACGGGAUCCCGCGGCUGUCGCUUCAGGUCUCCGCUUGCUACCAAAAGUAAAACAGAGAGCAUGCUGGGAAGGUUUAUUUUUUCGAUGACCGCGUUGUUUUUAAGUCGGCGUUGGAGGCGCCCCUCGACUCCUCCGCCGCCGUUUCUGGGAAAGCCCCCUUGUGGCUUUCCCGGCGUUCCCGAUGUGUAUAUAAGUCUUAGAAUGUUUGCUUUAACUUCCCCCCCCCCCCCUGCCCGCCUACUGAGCGGACAUCAAAGACACCCCCCCCCCCCCCCUCCUAGUGUGUGUGUGGACCCCUUAAUGGGGAACACAUGUACGCCUCGCGCUUCGAGCUCCUCAGCGGGUCUGACGAGUUGCUCCCCGACCCAAACCGGUCCCGGAAUGGAAAGCCAAACUUCACAUUUCAUUUUGUUCCCGUUGUGCUUUAAGGGACGUCGGCGUUCUGUUUCCUCAGCUUCUAACGCAGGACUCCUCUCGCUCUCGCUCUUCCAGUUUUUCCGUUGUGUUCUUCCGUUGUGUUCUUCCGGUUCUUCCGUUGUGUUACGGUCUGGAGGCGAGAGUGGCGUGUGUGUCGUUUUAUACGCUUUUUUAACGUUCCUCUACGUCUUUCUGUUCGAACCAAGGUUUGUUCCUCAGGAGAUUGUUUCCGGAUUCCAGGAUCAUUCUGACUAGCUCUAUGCUCGACUAACCAGGUCUGGAGUCUGAACCUCCUUGGACUCCAGAACACACAGGCGUGAGGUUCUGCGUGGGAACACGGGAUGAUCACAGGUCUCUUCCACCGCCAGGGUUGCCAGAUUGGGCCAGAUUUCCCGCCAAAUCAGGCAACCCUGUCCGCCGGCCACAGUGAUAUCUCUGGACCUGUGAGGCCUGAGUCUUUAGGAGCGGCCUCACCAAGGCUCAUCGCCAGGAGAUUGUUCAGAAUUUGAGCUUGUGUCUUGUUCCAUCGUCAUGUUCAAACGUCUUUUGGUUUCUGCCGAUGCGUCCAUCGUGCUCCUUCUCUCUCUGACCUUUGGGCCGCUCGGCUCGUGAGCAGCGGGGGAAGGAGCCGCCGGUUCGUAGCGUUGACUCGGCGUCCGUCCGUCUCGGCCUCCUCUGCAGCCCUACCGACGCCCGCUCGACGGCGCCGCUAGAGAGGAGCCUCUUCAACCUGAGACGGCCCAUGUGUCUCGCUGGGGAGCCGAAGCGCAGAGUGAAACGGAUCUCUCGCGUCGUAAUAUUCAUCCCCCGGUCGUCUUCUUCGUACCUCGGUGUCUCCGCCACGCGAGAGACCGUCGCAAACAAUUACGUUUCGGUGCAAAGUUUAUGGCCCACAUUAUGUAGUUCAGCUUAUCUACCGCUGCGGCCAAAAACGGGAACCAAUUAAAAUACUGCAAAAUACCCCGAGAGGGCAAUCGCGAUGGUCCCUUCGCCGAGAGGCCCCGUUUUAGGAUUAACACACAGGGGCCCUCAUGCGAACGAUGGGCAGAACCCCCUCCUCAGUGUAAGGAGAGACCUCUGCCUCCAUCCUCGGCCUCGGUGAGGGUGGAGGAGAGUGUUUAGAGCGUCAGGCCAUGGUCUCUGGUUCUAGACUAGCCUAUAGCUAGUCAUGCUGUGUCCCCCACUAACUAGUAACUAGUCCUGUUCUCUCCCGGUCUUUCCUGCGCACUGAUCCCACCGAUAGGAGACUACCCGCAAAACAAUCGUAAAUAUAGAUAGUACGGCUUUAUUUAUCAGAAGUGUAUAUACUUAAAUGUAUAGUGGGUAUUCGUCGAAAACCCUUUUUCUUCAUUUUUUUUGAUACGUGUAAUAGUCGGUAGUAGAGUGACUUUAUUUCCUCUAUCAUUUUUAUCAGUGUUUGAUUUGAGGGUUCUAUCAUUGCCAUGUAAUAAAGCUCAAAUAAAAGACAAAGGUGUAGUGUGUA